AGUUACUAUGUCUUGCAGUGUGGAUAAUGUACGGCUUAGGCAUAUUUGUGGGGUUUGGGCAGUCAGUGAAUGGAUCGGAAGUUUCAUACGAAACGUAAACUUUGCAGCACCAUCAGAGCCGUCACGUUCCCGUAUCAUAUGGGUAAGAAACUGGAUGCUCUGUUAGGUAGAAACUUUAAGGCUUCAAAGUUUACGGCAACCGUUAAUCUUGCCUUAUCUCGCCUCGCUAUCCUAAAAAACAAGCGCCAUGCACAUCUCAAACUAGCCCGUUCUGACGUUCAUCAACUUCUCCAACUUGGUCACCAUGAUCGCGCUCUCCUCCGAGCUGAGCAUGUGAUCAAGGAGCAGAAUAUGCUGGAUGUAUAUGACAAGAUUGAAGGAUACUGCAACCUCUUGUUUGAGAGGGUCCACCUCAUUGCACAAGAGAGAGAAUGUCCUGAGGAACUAAAAGAGGCUGCAUCAGGAUUACUCUACAUGGCUUCAAGGUGUGGAGAUUUACCAGAGAUUCUAGAGAUUCGUGCAAUGUUGACAUCAAGAUUUGGGAAGGAGUUUGCUGCUCGUGCUGUUGAGUUAAGAAAUAACUGUGGUGUUGAUCCUCAGUUGAUACAAAAGCUUUCCACAAGGAUGCCAAGCUUGGAAAGCAGAACGAAGGUACUCAAAGAUAUUGCUUCUGAGAACAACAUUAUUCUACUGAUUGAAGAAGUUUCUUCUGUUACAAUUGAGGAACAAGUCAAUGUUGCAAAACAAAAUCAGCAGGAGACUAGGCUAAAAGAAGAGAACCUCCACAAUUUGCUUAGUAAAGAAAAAGAUGAGGAGUCAAUUGAUUCCUUUAAGGCUAUGAAGAAGUAUAAGGAUGUAGCUGAUGCUGCAAAAGCUGCUUUUGAAUCAGCAGCACAAGCAGCCGCUGCUGCAAGAGCUGCUCUGGAACUCUCACAAUCCAGUCCUCACGGUCCUGAUGAUGAUCAUAAUAGUCCAAGCCCCGGACCAAGAAAAUUCUUGGAUGAACAAGAUUCUGAUUUUGUGGAAGUUGUCCCUCGGCUGGAAGACUCAGCUGAUGAGAUUCCAAAGGGGGAGUCCGUGUCAUUGGUUGCAGAAACUGAGGCUGAUUCACUUGUGAAGGAACUAGAAUUUGAUGAGAGUGAUGAUGAGGCUGAUAAUAAAGACAAGAGUAAUCAAACUUCUAAGCAGACACCAAGAGUAUCAAAUGAUGUUCCAGAAUCCAAGAUGCAUAGCAAACCUCAUUUGGAUUUGGAGAAGAGGCCGUUUUCAGUGAGAACUAGACAUGGUUACUGAGGAAGAAUGAGUGUACGCGUAUGCAUAAUGAGACUUUUCUUAUGAGAUUUGAGUUAUGCAGAUAGUUUGGGAUAAGUGUGUUGAUUGGUUGAACCAGUUACGUUUAUUUCACAAGUUGAGCAAGGAAAAAUUGUCUGUUUGGAUUUUGUGUAUCUAAACUAUUGAUUUGAUAUAGUAGGAGGCAUUCUCAAGGCUCGGACAUAGGAAACAGAGAAGUUCCAGUUGAUUCAUUUAACAGAAAAAAAAAAGUGUGUUGUAUUUGGCCACUAAUAUAUUUAUGAUUGCAAAAAUCUA